UCACCCGACGGAAUUUCACUGACGGACUGUCAACAAUACGAAAGGUUAUGGUCUGUCUACUACUGUGAUAAACCAAUUUUCAGUUAGUUUAGCAAGAGUCACGACUGGACUAUUAUCUCGGCUGCUAUUUUCUCAUGAUUUAGUGCAAAACAUUUUCAAUUUUUUGGGAGCAUGCCAGCGUUGGUUAUCGCACAUAGUAGAGUUAACUUGCACGUUGUCGGUUACAAGAUAAGAGCAACUUCUCGGAAGUCCUUGCCCUUUAAAUCCUACAAGGUAACUUUGAGUGUAUCUUUCGGACUUUAUAGCACACCAUCAUGGUGCUGAAGAUCUUCUUUCCCCAGUGCUGUAACACUGCCGACAGCGGCCUGCUAGUGGGGCGCUGGAUCCCAGGUCACAAUUCUGCUGUGGUGCUGGCUGUCAUUCACUACCCCUUCAUACCGGGCCAGGUGAAGAAGUACUUGAGUGAGCUGCAGAGCCAGACUCAGGUGGAUCUGACCGUCCUGGGCUCCUGGAGUAUGCCCAAAGAAGGCCAAGAAGGAAUGGACAGCUUCCUAAAAGACCUGAGUACCAUCUUUCCUCAGAAAUCUUGGAUCCAGUUGAGCCGUGAGAUUGGCAAAACAGGCUUUACUUGUCAGGUGGUCCAAAACAACGGGAAACUUCUGCAGGACCAGGAGCAGAAGAACGGCGAUGAUAAGAUCAUCCUCAUUCACUACGACCAGAGGAAGGUUAUGCUGUCCCAGCUUCACCCGGUACAGGAUGUUGGCCAGAAGUCUGAUGUUGAGCCCUCAGAGCUGCGCUUGGUCUUCCAGACAGCUGCUCAAAGUCAGCCUCUCUUUUUCCUGGACAAAUAUGACGACGGGCCUCUCAAGCUCACCCAUUGGCAGUCUGAAGGGAGGGAGGCUAGUAUUAUUGCAGAGCUUCUGAAACAAGCAUCAGUUCCGGUCUGCAUCUUCCUAACAUGGCUGCUGUCUCUGUGGCACUGGUUGUGCAGCUUCAGGAUUUUGUAUUUGCGUCCAGUGCUGUUCAUCUCAAGCAAGCUGUCCACCUGUGUUCAGUCGGGAUACAGAGCAGUUCAUUUCCAGACUGUUUUCUCUCCCAAAAAAGCUACCACACACAUGGAUUUCAUGAGAAAAGCAAACACUUUUGUGUCCUUUCUUGUGGACAUGGCCCUUGGUUUGCUGCUUAUCUCAUGGCUUUACAGGGAGAAUCGUAUCAGCAAAUUAGCAGAUACUUUGGUACCUGUGGCUGAUCGUGUGGCUAAAGAGCUGCAGGAGCUGUUAGAAUGGCUGAUGGGAGCUCCUGCUGGACUGAAGAUGAACAGAGCUCUCGACCAGGUGCUGGGGAGAUUCUUUCUCUACCACAUUCAUCUGUGGAUCAGUUACAUCCACCUGAUGUCUCCUUUUAUUGAGAGGAUCCUGUGGUAUGUUGGACUCUCAGCCUGCUUGGGAUUGACGUUCGCUCUUUCCAUAUUGUCCGACAUUGUGGCCCUCCUCACUUUUCACAUCUACUGUUUUUAUGUGUAUGGGGCAAGACUCUACUGUCUGAAGAUCUAUGGUCUCUCCUCCCUGUGGCGGCUCUUCAGGGGAAAGAAAUGGAAUGUACUGAGGCAGAGGGUUGACUCGUGCUCAUACGACCUGGACCAGUUGUUCAUUGGCACUUUGCUAUUUACGAUUCUGCUGUUCCUGCUUCCCACCACUGCCCUGUAUUACCUCGUCUUUACCCUGCUGCGGCUGGUGGUGGUGCUGUUUCAGGGAGUGAUUCAUCUUAGUGUGGACUUCAUCAACUCCUUCCCCCUGUUUGCCAUCGGCCUACGUAUCUGCAGACCAUACAGACUGGCAGAGGGUGUUAAAUUCAAGGUUCUUUGUCAGGAGCCGGGAUCUCCUCUUCACCUGAUGAUGGAGAUCAACCCACUGAAAUGUAGCGCUGUACUGCAGUGUUACCGGACGCCCACUUAUAGCUGUUACCCUAAGGAUUCCUGGGCCGCUUUGUGCAAGAAGCUGUUUGUAGGAGAACUAAUUUACCCCUGGAAGCAGAAGACUACCAAGACCGACUAACUCUGGGACCUGCAGCCAAGACACAUGAACACUGGGAGAAAGUUACACUAUUGGUCAGACUCCACUGACGCUCUAAAUAGUCUUACUUAGGUUUUUAACAGAAGUUGAUAUUCCUUCAUUGUAGAUUUAAAUCAUGAUCUUUCCUUUUCCAAACAUUGAUUAGAAUCUUUGAUUGAAACUGUGAUUGUUUUUUGUAUUUAUUUUAACACUUCUAAUUUUAUAACACUGAAGAUGUACCAUUUAAAAAAAAAAGAGUAUUACUUAUAUUAUAACUUUGAUAUUUAAAACUUGUUGCUCGGUCACAACCAUAAUGAAGAUCAUUUGAACUGUUAGUGACACUGUUGACGUCGUCUCAGUUUUGUUUUUGCUGUUUCUCACGAUGGGCAGAUAGAAAGGGAAUGACUGGUAAACGUGAGCUAAUCUCUCUGACUAAUGCGUACUGGCUCUGAAUGUUGAAUUUAAUACAGAUUAGUGUAAAUUAUUUGACCAUGAACCACUUAUGUCAGUGUUGCCAAAUUGUUGUUUUGUAGCUAUUAUUAUUAAUGUAAAUGAUUGAAUAAAAUCAAGAUUUUUAUAAAUGCAGAUGAUAGUGAUCAAAAUAUGCAUUUGUGCUGUUGAUUUUCAAACUCUAAAUGUACCUCAAUAAAGAUUAUUUAAUACCUUUUUA